AUGUGCAAACACGAACUCUAUCACUUCCAGGCCUGCAACCACUUCGGCAUCGAGAUCCAUGAAGUCUGCAGCGGUGCUCUCUUCACAAGUGGCUUGAAAGGCUACCUGCCGAUCUGCAAACCUGACAAGAUCUUCCGACACUUCACCGGCGAUGAAAUCCACCUUACUGUCACCGUGCUCUGGCAUGACAUCGACGGCGCCUGUCGAGAGUGUGUAGAGAAACACCACAUGGACGACACCAUCUACCAGACCGACGAGGUCCAUAGAAGCAUCCACCCGGCCGCCAUCAAGGCCUCUCACCCGCCCCUCGACCCCCUGGCCCGCGGCCCCUACGUCUUCGUGCCGCGCAUCGCUGGCUCGGUCUUCCGCCUCAUCGGCGCAGGCCAGAUCGCCCGCGACCACUGGUGGGCCGAGGGCCCCACGAUUGUCUUCCCGCAGACAGUGCUGCGCCCGACCUGGGGACAGCUGCGCGGCCAGCCCGGAGCCGCCGCCGCCGCCGACAAGCUCGAGGUCCGAGGGCAGUGGAAGGCCUCCGGCACGGAGGUCGACGCCGAGGAGCUGGACGACCUCCACGGCCUGCUGGGCAUCAGCGAGAAGGGCAUGACGCGCCAGGACAUCACGGACAUCAUGGCCGAGAUCCAGUUCAACCAGGGCCUCGAGUCGCUGGGCGCGAAGUGGGCUCAGAUGUGGGCGUCCAGCUUUGCUGGUCGUGGCAUGCCCUCGGAGCUGUUCAACGAGACGGUCGAGGAGUUGAUGGUGAGGGCCGGCAUCGACGGAGAAGAGGAAGACUAG